CGAGGACCACGAUCAUCCCGUCCCAGUGACGUCGGUGCUUGCCUUACGACAGGUCUAGCCAAAUUGAACAACAAAAAAAUGAAACGCAUCAAUUCCUCCCAGGACGACAACAUCCCCGUCUAUAUAUUCCUGCUCUUGAUCCUAAUCUUGGGGUUGAGUUUUCUGGGCACGUAUCUCGAGUCGGUUACUACCAGCAAUAGCGACAGCACCAGCAGUAAUCCCAACAGCAACAGCAAACGAGUGAAAUCGACCGUGCGCUUUCGGGCUUAGCCACAGUACACAUACACUCGCCCAGCCUCUACUACCUCGUCCUUUACACGACACCCACCACAAACCCAUACAACACAGCCAAAAUGGCAGGAACAUGCUCCAUGCUCUGCCUCAUCCUAAUCACCAUCUUCAUCCCCCCGCUCGGCGUAUUCCUCAUCUCCGGCUGCAGCGCCGAUUUCUUCAUUAACCUGUUACUCACGCUUCUGGGCUACCUCCCCGGCCACAUCCACGCCUUCUACCUGGAGUACGUUUACUACCGGAACUCCGAUGCGGUGGCGCCCCGCCGCGCGCCGGGGGUGUAUUCGGAGCGGAUUCAGCGGGGGGCGGCGCAUCAUCAUUCCCAGCAGCAGCAGGCGGGGUAUGGGACUAUUUAGUUUGCUGUUGGACUGGACGGGAGCGGUGGAUGGUAGGGUAGCCUGGUCUGGUCUGUUGGAUGUGGGUGUGGAUGGGGAUUAUGAAUCAUGCAUGAUGUUUUUGUUUUAUUCUUUGGGUGAAUCACCCUGACGACCGAUUGAGCCUUGAAGGAUUGGACUUAGAUUGAUUUAGCGCUUGUCCUUAUACUUCCUUAUUGUUACUUGUGACGAAGCCAGAAGAUGACCCAAU